CCAGCCGUCAGUCUGUGGGUCGCAGACUGGCGCGCAACUGCCACCGUUUCUUCGCGUACGGUCAGGGAAGUAGCGCGCGUGCUAUUUAAUGUCAGCCCGCUCAGCGCUUCAACACAAAGCGUGCUUCAAGCAUUUAGGCGGCUAUAGACAGAGACAUUCAGAGGCUCAAACACUGUGAGCCCAGCGUCCACACCGCCCGAGGUCUCCCGUUCCUCGGCUUUCCGCAUUUAUUCCUCAACUCUUACCAGGGCCGCGCCUCUUCGGCUCCUCUAGUUAAUAGCCGCCUGCAGCACUCUACGUAGCAGCGGGUGAGUCUCCUCGCGUUGUCGCCGAUGCUCCUCGCCAAGGGUGUUGCGUACCCAAGUUAUUCUUGUCGCACCGCUGAGCUAAGUGCGGACCCCAACAUGGGGCGACGCGCAACAACGCUGCUGCUGGCGCUCUUGUGCGCUGGCGUGGCGUCGACCUUUGCUGAUCGUGACCUCCUGCAAUCUCCCGCUGACAACCGCUUCCCGCCCUACGGCUGCGUGCGUGAUGCCGAUGCCUCGCGGUUCCGUUUGGACCCGCUCUACACCGUGUCCGGCCAAACCAUCUGCUUCACCGCGCACGUGGUCCCCUGCAACAAGAAGGGCUCGCCCUGCUGUGACGCCAAGAAGGUCGACUUUUACAAGCUCGAGCUGGAUGUCGUCCCCACCUGCAACCGCGCCAUCACCAAGGUGACGGUGAACGGCCAGCGCGUGCUGGCCCCCACCUUCAACUUCUACGGCACUGACGACCAGAGCGCCAUCUACAAGCUGACCGGCCUGAACCUGACGGUGGCCAACGCCGAGGGCGCCCAGAUCUGCAUGACCCUGGACAAGAACGGCCCCUGCCCCAACCUGGUCGACCUGUGCGACAACGUGUCCGUGCCGGGUUCGUGCCGCUACGCCAUUGUCGAGUCGGGCACCUGCGACUGCUGCCCCGUGGGCGUGACCGGCCUCUUCCCGCCGCCCCCCAGCCCUCCGCCCCCGCCCCCGCCCAGCCCUCCCCCGCCCUCCCCUCCUCCUCCCUCUCCUCCCCCGCCGUCUCCCCGGCCUCCCCGCCCGCCGCCACCCUCUCCCCCUCCUCCCCCUCCCCCCUCUCCCCCUCCUCCCUCUCCCUCUCCCCCUCCCAGCCCCCGGCCUCCCCGCCCGCCCCCGCCCUCUCCCCCUCCUCCCCCUCCCCCCUCGCCUCCUCCCCCCUGCGUCACCUGCCUGGUCCAGACCAUCAUCCCUCCCAGCUAUGGCCUCGACGGCCGCCCCCUGUUCACCUUCAACAAGACCAUUUGCGCCUCACAGGGUGAAUACAUUGUUGACGCCCUGAACGGCCAGGCGGACUUUGUUGGUGCCCGCAUGCUGAGCCCCUGGGCCGUGCAGUCCUGCACCGGCAAGUGGGACCCCAACACCAACACCUACCCCACGCUGCGUGUGUGCGGCACGUUCUUCUCUGUUGAGGACGCCAACCUGCUGCAGCCCUGGAUCGACGACGAGGCCCCCCUGGACGACUUCAACGCCCACCUUGUGGGUUACGAGGACUGCCCCGCCUUCAUCCGCGGCUACGACCUCGUCAUCCAGUUCGACCCCUUUGACGGCCCCUGCCUCACCGGCCGGUCGCAGAAGGCCUGUGCGCCCUCCUCGCCUCCCCCCAGCCCCGAGCCGCCCAGCCCCCGGCCCCCCUCGCCUCUUCCCCCCUCGCCCAAGCCCCCCAGCCCGGUGCCGCCCAGCCCGAAGCCCCCGAGUCCGGCGCCCCCCAGCCCCAAACCCCCCAGCCCUGCUCCUCCCUCGCCUCCUCCCCCUAGCCCCCCGCCCCCGUCCCCUCCUCCCCCUUCGCCCAAGCCCCCCAGCCCGGCUCCUCCCGGCCCGAAGCCGCCGAGCCCGGCGCCCCCCAGCCCCAAGCCCCCCAGCCCUCCUCCUCCCUCUCCCCCUCCCCCCAGCCCCCCUCCUUCCUCUCCCCCUCCACCCAACCCCCGCCCUCCUAGCCCGGCGCCCCCCAGCCCUCGCCCGCCCAGCCCUUCGCCUCCCUCUCCCCGGCCUCCCAGCCCGCCUCCCCCCUCGCCCGAGCCUCCCAGCCCCGAGCCGCCCGUGCAACCCCUCACCCCCGCCGUCCGCCGCCCGCCUCCGCCCAGCGCCCAACCCUUCCCCUUCUGCAAGUGCAACCGCACGCUGGGCACCGUUCCCUUCGUGUUCGACCCCGUGCCGGUCCUCACGCGCAACGGUGCCAACCGCGUCAUCUGCCUGACGCUGCGCACCAAGCCCUGCGUCGACCCCAGCUCGCCCUGCUGCACCCAGCCCAUGGCCAAGAUUGAGUGGUGGACCAAGGACGCCUGCCGCGGCUCCGUCAAGCAGGUGACCCUGGAUGGGACCAAGGUGGACCAGCAGUGGUCCAAGGGCACCUUCAAGAUCCCCGGCCUGAACAUGCCAGCCAGCGCCGUGCCCGACGCCGGCCGCGAGGUGUGCAUCGAGCUGGACGCCAAGGGCACCUGUCCCUCGCUCAACACCUUCUGCGCCCGCGCCGCCACCACCGGCAGCUGCUACUAUGUCGCCUUCAACCAAGCCAAGAGCUGCUGCCCCGUGGAUACCUUCGGCAUCCCUACUGGCGCCAGGCACUAAGCUCGCUCGGCACACGCUUACAUCACUCAAGUGAGCGGCCAACUCGGCCGCGCUGGAUGAUGGACUCCAUUCUUUGGUCAUCGCUUCAUACCGCAUAGUAGAUAGGUGCAUUUAUGACUGUAAAUGCCCGGAGCUGGUUUCAUGCUACGCUUGAGGCGCCGCGGUGGUGCCAUAUGGCAGCUGUUGGGAGUGUUUGUGAGUGCAAUAAAGCGUUUGGGUUGUGGAGUGGUGGGUGUUUUGUGUCAGGUGAAAUCCAUUGAUUUGUAGACAGGGCGGUAAUACAUAUUAUUCUGCUUAGGCGGGGUAACAAGCCAGCCCCAGUAGCUUAGCGGAUGGCAGGGCGUUGCUGCUGUGUGCGCGUGCGCUUCAUUUGGCUGAACUUGGUGUAGCGCGGGAUGCGACUUAAGAGCAAGACCACUUCGUUAGGGAUUGGAUUGUAGGCGCGGGCAAUUAUGACGGCAAGCCGUUUCACAGACUAUGACUUUAUGACCUGCAUGACCUUGACACUUUGAUACUACUGACACGGCACGCCGUCGAGUUGGUGGUGGUAGCUUGGUAGCGAUACGAGUUGAUUUGUGUUCCUUCUUUUGUUGAUCGAGCGCGACAAGAGCGCUUCUCCCUUACCAGUAGGGGCCAUCCCCUCAAGAAAGCGGCCGAGCAAGGGCUGCAUGUAAAACAAGAUGGGUUGA